ACACCACACAGAUUGUGCUAUCAACAUAAGACAAUCUUGAGCCGACAAAAGAAGCCAAACUAUGAAGCUUUGCGAGCGCAGAGAUUUUGUCACAGCUGAUAUCCGAUACUUUCUUGUACUUUGAUCGCUCUUUUUCUUUUUCUUUUUUUAUUUAUAAGGGAGUUUUUUUCUGUGCAGAACACCGACCUGUGCGCAAAAAGUGUCCAUGUGGAGGCAACAAAGUUUUUGGCACACUAUAUUUCCAUAAAAAAAAAAAUAAUACCAAGCGGAAUUGCAUCAUUUUUUUGUUCGUUUUCUCUCAUCGCUUUUUAUGUUGUCGUGUAGGACGGCGGGACAUCUGUAGAGAAUUAGUAUUACUUUUUUUUUCUUUUCUUUUUUUUUUUUUUUGCAGAAAUAAAAAUGCUGCCCCAGCUUCUCACGCUGGCCUGUGCUCUCUACUUUGGCGUUACCUGCGCAACUGCAAACGUAUUAAAAGCCGAGGCUUGGCUGCAGCAGUAUGGCUACCUGCCUCCAGGUGAUGUCCGAGCUCAGGCCAUCCGCUCGCCCAAGUCCAUCGCCACGGCGAUAGCAGCCAUGCAGCGGUUUUACGGCCUGACUGUGACCGGCUCCAUAGACUCCAACACAAUAGAGGCGAUGAGCCGGCCGCGGUGUGGCGUCCCAGAUAAGUUUGGCUCGGAGGUGAAGAGCAACCUGAGGAAGAAGAGAUACGCCGUCCAGGGUCAGAAGUGGGACAAGGCUGAGGUGACCUUCAGCAUACAGAACUACACCCCCAAAGUUGGGGAGCGCGCCACAUUUGAGGCCAUCCGGAAAGCCUUCAAGGUGUGGGAGAGCGUGAUCCCCCUCACCUUCAGAGAAAUCCCCUACAGCCACAUCAGGGACAAAGUCGACAAGUUCGCGGACAUCAUGCUCUCUUUCGCCGAGGGCUUCCACGGCGACAGCACGCCGUUCGAUGGCGAGGGCGGCUUCCUCGCUCACGCGUACUUCCCCGGCCACGGCAUCGGCGGCGACACUCACUUUGACCUCGCCGAACCCUGGACCACCGGGACCGUCGACCAGGGGGGUAAUGAUGUGUUCCUGGUGGCCGUCCACGAGCUGGGUCACGCUCUCGGUCUGGAGCACUCCAACGACCCCACUGCCAUCAUGGCUCCUUUCUACCAGUGGAUGGAGACCGAAAACUUCCAGCUCCCUGACGACGACCGCAGAGGCAUCCAGACCAUCUACGGGACCAAAUCUGGGGCACCCCCGCCUCCCCCACGACCCACCAAGCCCUUCAACCCCAACAAGCCUGAUCACGGCCCGGACAUUUGUGAGGGACACUUUGACACCAUCGCUGUCCUCAGAGGGGAGAUGUUCGUUUUUAAGGACAAGUGGCUUUGGCGUGUUCGUAACAACAAGGUGCUGCCCGGCUACCCCAUGCCCAUCGGUCACUUCUGGAGGGGCCUGCCUUCAAAUAUCAAUGCUGCCUAUGAGAGGGACGAUGGGAAAUUUAUCUUCUUCAAGGGUGACAGGUACUGGGUCUUCAGUGAGUCCAGCAUGGAGAAGGACUCUCCCAAGCGCCUGAGCGAGCUUGGCACCGGCCUACCCAAAGACAAGAUUGACGCUGCUCUCUUCUACACCCCGACAGGACAGACUUACUUCUUCAGAGGCACCAAAUAUUAUCGUUUCAACGAGCAGACUCGCACCGUGGACAGAGAUUACCCCAAGCCCAUCAGCGUGUGGAGCGGCAGCCCCGACAACGUUAAAGCUGCCAUCAUGAGCGAAGACGGAUCUUACACUUACUUCUACAAGUCCAACAAGUACUGGAAGUUCAACAACCAGUACAUGAAGGUGGAGUCCGGCUACCCCAAGUCCGUGCUCAGCGAGUGGAUGGGCUGCGAAAGCGAGGAGCCCAAGAAGGGCAGGGAAGAGGACGUGAUUAUCAUCGAGGUGGACGAAUCGGAGGGCGGGGUGGGCCCGGUGGCCGUGGUGAUCCCUAUUCUCCUAUUGGUGCUGGUGGUGGUCACUCUGGGGGCGCUGUUGUUCUUCAGGAAGUACGGCACGCCUCGACGCCUCCUCUACUGCCAGAGAUCUCUGCUGGACAAGGUGUAAACCGAGGGACGGGUGAUUGACAGACUGCCACAGAGAGACAGAAAGAGACGGAGAGAGGGAGAGAGAGAGAGAGAGAGAAGCGGAUAAAGUGGACUAAAA